UGUAAACAUAUUUGUAAUGUGAGCACGUUGAUUCGCUGAUAUGUGAAAGGUGAUUUUUUUUUGCAGUUCAAAUUUAUAAUUAUAUUUCCAUGUAAGUUUGAUUUUGACAUGGGAUCAUUUAUCACAUUGUAUGCAGUAUCUUAAACGUCGCGACAUAUGAAAUAAGUAAAGAACAAUGUCAGUUCAUUUUGAUGAGAAAAGCGGUGUGGUUCCCUGUGAAACUCCAUGGGGUCGCUGGUAUCAGACGAUGGAGGAGGUGUUCAUCGAAGUUAACGUUCCUCCAGGUACCUCUUCGAAAGAGAUCAAGUGCAGUCUGGGAAGUAGGCAGAUAACGCUAUAUGUUAAGGGCCACGAGGUCAUCAAGGGAAAUCUGUAUGCUUCAACAAUAGCAGACGAAGGAACGUGGACGUUAGAGGAUAAAAAACUUGUUCGUAUCGUUUUAAUGAAAAGUCACCGAGAGGCAGGUAACUGCUGGACGUCACUCUUGGAAGACAAGUAUUCCGCUGACCCUUGGGUUCAGGACCAGAUGCAAAAGAAGCUGACAUUGGAGAGAUUUCACCGGGAGAACCCAGGAUUUGACUUUAGUGGUGCAGAAAUCUCUGGAAAUUAUGCAGGAGGUGGACCAGACUUUUCUAGCUUAAAAUAAGCUUGCAUUUUUCUAAAUAAAAUUUUCAGUCGCACGUCUUUGGAGAAGAAGGUGUUAAGUUGUUCAAAAGGGGAUACGGGGGCAGAACGCUAAAAGAAGAAUUGAGCUAAGCUGGCCAUUUCAUUUUUUGUUUUACCUGCAAAAAGUAGUCCAUCUCAUCGGAAACAUAAACCAAUUGUUCAAGCAAUGACACUAGCCAAAGUAUGGCCAUGGAUGGGAUUCGGUCAACUCACUUACCUUGAUGGCUGCAGAAAAUCACAGCAUAUACCCAUUCACUGAAUUUGCUGCUUAUUUUACUAAAUGUAUUUUUUUCCGCA